AUGAACUACGGCAUAACAGAGUUAAUUCACGCGAACAUAUACGUGUUCUUAGAUGGGCUCGUGAUCGUGGUGAUGAUGUAUUUGUUAACUGACGCUCGAUUAUCGGUGAUCGAAAAUCUAUCAAGAACCAGCUGCAUAUUGUCUACAAAGGAUUUCAAAGAUUUAUCUAAAAUGGUUCACGCGAAGGACAUUUUAAGUUUUUUAUUUCUGGCCAUCCACCUACCAAACUGCUUUAAGCACAGCAUUUUCGUGACAGUACGGAAUCUUACCAACAUAUACAUAAUGAUGGCCAACUUUUCCAUGGACAUAUUCUACAUAAAUUGCGUGUGCAUUUUGAAAGAUUGCUUUAAGAAAAUGGAUGAAUCUAUACGACAACUGAAAAAGCUCCGAAUCAAUAAUAAUAUGUCGACGCAGACGUUUAUGCAUCAUGAGCAGCUAAAUACGUUGGUGGUGAUGAAGCUCAAGAAUUUAGAGGAAAAACACUUGGAAAUCAGCGAUGGGGUGGAAUUGCUGAACAACACGUUUAUGAUACGUAUUACAGUCGCAGCUAUUACGACGUUCAUCGUGGUCACUUUCGAUAUAUAUUUCUAUAUAAUUUAUUCACACAGUAAAUUUCCUGCAAACAACAAGUACUGGUACAAACCGUAUGUCGUGCCAGCCGUUUUCUAUUUUAUCAAGUUUUGGAUGAUGAUUUGGGCGUGCGAAACAGCGACGAAUCGAGCGAGAAAAAUGAGGACGACACUUUGGGAUGUUUUCAGCACUACAAACGAUCCAUUGGUGAAACGCGAGGUGGAACUUUUUUCUUUGCAAAUAAUGCACACGGCAAACAUAUUCACAGCAAAGACAUUCGACAUGAAUUCAUCAUUUUUGGCAAAGAUCGUCGGGGGUAUCAUAAUGUACAUCUUGAUCCUGUUUCAAUUUUUAUUAAACUACGUUGUGUGCAGUCGUCAGAUGUAAUGAAAGCGAGAUCUUUGAAGUGACGUGAUUCUGUAGGCGCAUGUGUUCUUUAUUGAUUCUUUGGCUGUCUUCUGUGAGACCAUACGCUGUUUCCAUGCGCGGACACCUGUAAUGAUUCUGCAUUCGCUUGGUUAUUUAUAAAUGGUAAAGCGUGUGUAUAAGUGUGAUCACUAAAUGACGGGAUUUAAGCGAGCUCAGUAAUUACAAUAUCGCGAGAUAAUCUUGCAACGCUUUCUUUUAAUUUAUGAUAAUAGGGUAUUCUACUCUUAAUACUGAAUGGUAUCGUCAUAUGGUAACACUGAAAUUUCAAUGUCUAGAGAUUUGAUGAAAAUUUUUAUGAAAGUGACUCGAUAGCUUAAUAUCAUAGAUACUUUCUAUGUGCGUCAGUUACCACAGUUAACACUUAACAAAUUUUGAAAAUAUAUUUCCUCUGGUUUAAUGUAACAGAAUUAUGUAACAUAGUCACAUAUCCAAAUUUAUGUGAAAGGGAAUUAUAAUUUAGUUGCAAUAAUUAUCAAAUAAGUACAAAUAUGUUUUUAACAUACUAUUGUAGUAUCGUGGACAAAUGGUCUAUGAAAUAUCAGGUGAACCAUAAACAAUAUUGCGAGAAAGCCUAAGUGCGGUUAGGUCAAAAGGGUCUGGAAACUUCAAUGGG